AUGGAUUUCUAUGCGCAAAAACUAUUUCUCACUGUACACACAUAUCUAUCUAUCUAUCUAUCUAUCUAUCUAUCUAUCUAUCUGUACACAACUGCGUACAACCGAGUCCGCGUGUCGAUACCGAGACUGCUGCAAGCCCAUUGGUCGCUUUCACAGAGCUUGACCUUGGGGCCUGUCCAAUCAUCGCGCAGGAUUUCUCACACGUUAUCGUUCCCGCAUGAUCGCGCGUCAGCUUAUGUCUUUACCCACUUAGACAUUUUCACUGUUUGGAUGCCACGUAAAAGAAGGAAACUUUUGGGACGGCGCACGGCAGCUGCCUCUGUUGCUAGAGCAGCGAGGGUGAGUGAAACCCCUGAACAGACUUCUUUGCGUCUUUCACGGAUGGCCUCGAGCUCAGCUGCUCGCUUAUCUACGGAAAGCGGCGCUGCGCGGACUGAAAAGGCUACAGCCGCCUCUAGGGCUUCGGAACAACCCCAAGAAACAGCUCAUCGUCGCUUUAGAAAUGCCGUAUCCACCGCGUCUGCCAGAGGCUUAGAAGGCCCUGCACAGACCACUGUUCGUCGCGUUAGAAAUGCCCGCUCUACUGCAUCUGCUAGAACCCUAGAAAGCCCUGCACAAACCACUGUUCGUCGCGUUAGAAAUGCCUGA